UCGGCGUGACCAUCCGUUAGGAGAUGUUCUCCGAACGUGCAUCCUCGGCCUGCCUUUCUCAGUCCUGAUGCAGGCAAGCGAUCUGCAGUAAGGCGCGCGCGUGGCGCUGGAGGGCGCGCCGGCGGUCGGCGGGCCGCGGAGACCCGGGGCUCCGUCGGGCCCGGGUGCAGAGCGGAGCGCGCGGCUCGGCUCCCCCGGCGGCCCGGCCGCGGUGCAGGGACGCGCGGGGCCAGCGAGGGGAGCUGCAGGGUAACUUUUCCAGGGAAAGCGGCCGGUCGUCCCCACCAGAAGCCUCCCUGCCUUUUGUUUGUUUUCCUGCCGGAGGCUGGAGAGCGGCCGGGUCCUCGUUGCUCACCAUGCGCCGCGCGGCCCGAGCCCCUCGCCGGCGCCCCCGGGCGUCCCUGCGCGGACCCCUCGGCCGGUCCUAGCGGGGAUCGCCCGCUGCCCGCGCCCGCUCCCGGGCCGCCCGCUCUCCGAGGAGCCGCGCUCACCGCAGGGGCGGGCCCCCGCCUGUGCUCGCGGCGCCGGCAGGGCUCAUCUUUGAAAAUAUGUAUUUGGGAGAUAGUCACGUUCUUUUGAAGACCUCUUGCUGCUGCUGCUGUUGCUGCUGCCAUCGAAAAAUCUGGUUACACUCCGGGGAGGCCUGCUGCGGCUGCAGGACUGGUCCACCUCUGGCCUGAGAUGAGUGUCCGGCCUGAGCAGGCACACCAUGAAUAGAUACACAACCAUCAAGCAACUUGGGGAUGGAACCUAUGGUUCCGUCCUGCUGGGAAGGAGCAUUGAGUCUGGGGAACUGAUUGCUAUUAAAAAAAUGAAAAGAAAGUUUCAUUCCUGGGAGGAAUGCAUGAACCUUCGGGAGGUCAAGUCUUUAAAGAAGCUCAACCACGCCAAUGUAGUCAAAUUAAAAGAAGUUAUCAGGGAAAACGAUCAUCUUUAUUUCAUCUUUGAGUACAUGAAGGAAAAUCUUUACCAGCUCAUUAAAGAAAGAAAUAAGUUGUUUCCUGAGUCCGCUAUAAGAAAUAUCAUGUAUCAGAUAUUGCAAGGACUUGCAUUUAUUCACAAACACGGCUUCUUCCAUCGGGACUUAAAGCCGGAGAACCUCCUCUGUAUGGGACCCGAGCUUGUGAAAAUCGCAGACUUUGGAUUGGCCCGAGAAAUCCGCUCAAGACCUCCAUACACAGACUAUGUGUCUACCAGAUGGUACAGGGCCCCGGAGGUGCUGCUGAGGUCCACCAACUACAGCUCCCCCAUCGACAUCUGGGCGGUGGGCUGCAUCAUGGCAGAGGUGUACACCCUCCGGCCGCUCUUCCCCGGGGCCAGUGAGAUCGACACGAUCUUCAAAAUCUGCCAAGUGCUGGGGACGCCGAAAAAGACGGACUGGCCUGAAGGCUACCAACUUUCAACUGCUAUGAACUUCCGCUGGCCCCAGUGUGUCCCCAAUAACUUGAAGACCCUGAUUCCAAAUGCCAGCAGCGAAGCAGUUCAGCUCCUGAGAGACAUGCUUCAGUGGGAUCCCAAGAAACGGCCGACAGCUAGCCAGGCGCUUCGAUAUCCUUACUUCCAGAUUGGGCACCCCCUGGGCAGCACCACACAGAGCCUUCAGGAUUCAGGAAAACCACAGAAGGACAUCCUGGAAAAGGCAGGCCCACCGCCCCACAUAAAGCCGGUGCCUCCCGCCCAGCCCCCAGCCAAGCCACACGCACGGAUUUCGUCGAGACAGCAUCCAGCCAGCCAGCCCCCUCAGCAUCUCCUGUACUCCUACAAAGCCGAGGCUGCCAGGACAGACCACCCUCCGGAGGACAAGCCCAGCCCUCUGCACUUGCCACCCCUCCACACCAAGCAUCCUCAGGCAAAAAUUCUCACCAGCCUGGAGCACAAAAAUGGUGAGAUCAAGCCAAAGAGUAGGAGGAGGUGGGGUCUCGUUUCCAGGUCGACAAAGGAUUCCGAUGACUGGGCUGACUUGGAUGACUCGGAUUUUAGUCCCUCGUUCACCAGGAUUGACCUGAAAAACAAGAAGAGACAGAGCGAGGAGGCUCUCUGCAGAUUUGAGAGCGUUCUGGACCUGAAGCCCUCCGAGUCCGGGGGCGCCGGGAGUAGCGCCCCCACCCAGACGUCCUAUCCCAGGCGCGACACACCCACCCUGCGGUCUGCGGCCAAGCAGCACUACCUGAGGCACUCCCGGUACCUGCCCGGAAUAAAUAUAAGAAAUGGCAUACUCCCAAAUCCAGGCAAGGAUUUUAUUCCGUCGAAUCCGUGGUCCAGUUCUGGUUUGUCUGGAAAAUCUUCAGGGACGGUAUCAGUGAUCAGCAAAAUAAAUUCAGUUGGUUCCUGCUCAACGAGUUCUAGCGGAUUGGCUGGAAACUAUAUCCCUUCCUUUCUGAAAAAAGAAGUCGGUUCUGCGAUGCAGAGGGUCCACUUGGCCCCUAUUCCCGACCCUUCCCCUGGUUAUUCUUCCCUGAAGGCUGUGAGACCUCAAGCCGGGCGACCUUUUUUCCACACCCAGCCCAGAAGCACUCCCGGAUUGCUGCCCCGGCCUCCCGCCGCCCAGCCCGUGCACGGCCGGACGGACUGGGCUUCCAAGUACCCGCCUCGGCGAUGACCGUCACCCAGCCCUUCGUAGGGGACCACGGGACACCAGCCCUCAGCCAGCUGGUGGUGUUUCACCUUAAGACUUUCAGAUGGUGGAAAAGCCGAGUCUUUAUAAUUGUUCUUGAACUGAGACAUUUCAAUAUUCUUUUUUAAAGUUUUUUUUUUAAUAUUGAUUUGAAUGCAAUAGCUUUUUUUGUACAAAGUUAUUUUAUUCUAAAACUGGGUCCCCUUAUUUUCUUAAACGGCAGGAUUUUGUAUAUAUGGAUUAUGUUUUAGCAUUUUAUACAGUCAACUUUGUAAUGAACUUUUUAAAGAUUAAUUGAUUUUCCUUUGGGGUUCCAGGUAAUAUUUUAUACAGAUUUUUUAAAACGUAAUAAUAUUGAUGCAGUAUUGCAACAGGGGUGCAAUUUAAGGCUACACGAUAAAGGGUUAUUUCCUUGAUGUGUGCAGAUAUCUGUGAAAUUUCCGAUGUGGCGUAUUCGGUACUUCUUGGACUGACCUCAGCACUAGAAAAGUGACUGCUGUUCUCAAUUUCAUGUUAUUGGUUCGACUUUUUGAUACCACUGGGCUGUUCUCAAAGUACUAUUCCAUGAUUCACUUUGUUUUCUUUUUACUCCCCAGAUGAAAGAACCCUAAGUAAACAUUUUUUGAGAUUUUCAUAGCACCCUUUUUGAUGGUUAGUAAAAUCCAGCUGAAACCAAGCUAUGCCAUCACAUUCUAUUUUCCCCUGUUUCUGAAGUUCAAGGGUAUAAGUACCCACAAAAGGGAAGCUUUUCAAGCCAAAAUGUUCUCAACAUAAAGGUUAAUGCAGUCACUUUAAUGUAUAUCCCUGCAAAUGUGCAUGAUCUGAAAGCAGCUAGGUUUCAAAGCAGCAGCAGAUUUUAUAAGAUCAGAACCCAUAGAAUUUUGCACCUAGCUCAGUUCUCCAGUCCUCUAGUCAAAUUUUUAUGGCAAUUCGGGGGAGCAGGAAAGAUGGAUGGCAGAGGUCCCACUGGUCUGGGAAGUCACAGUUACCAUGAUGUCGCUGUCUGUCACAUGCCACAUUCGAAUUCUUAACCCUGGUGUAGUUUCUUUCGACAGUGAGAAUUCCAUUUGUCGGGCAGAGGCGGUUCCACAGAGAGGAAUGUUUACAGCAAUUUAGAAAAUGACAAAGCUGGUUUGGAGAUAGAAAAAGACAAAAGGUCCACUCUCCUCCGUCUCUGUGGGGCACCCUCGCCUCCACUCACGGUUUCCUGAAAGGCUAGAGGGAAGGUCACGGCCAGUAAGUGCAAUGUGGUCUCCAGAUCGUAUUGACUCACCUUUUCCCAGGGCUCCAGCCACUCUCGUUUGGUUCUAGGUUCCAGGAGUUGAGCCAAUGACAUUGUCAUUUCGAUAGGUUAACAUGCAUAUUGGUACUUUGAGAUGGUUCAAACUAAUAACUUGGUAAAUUUUUGCAUUGCUGUAUUAAUAACACGUUGCAGCUUGAACAAAUCACCACGGUUCCCAAAGGGCCCUAACCUAAAGUCAGUGAGUAAUGUGUGCUUUGGAGAGUCUGGCUCCAGAAUGUACUUGACCAAGUACCAUGAUCCCUGGGGGCAUAAGAAAAGCACAUGAUGGGUGUGGAUCUGAGAUGGAAUAUUUUCCUGUUACCAAACUGGCGGCAAAGCUUCAGGAAAUAAAUAUGUACAUGUAAGCACAACUUGAAGCUGGAUUUAUUUCUGUAUUAUCUUCUUAACUCAUUAUCUAAAGCAACAGAAAAUGUGUUUUCAGAGAUGAGUCCUUUACUGUGAGGUUAAUAUUUAUAUCCCCUUUCUGUGUUGUGUAUAAAAAGUAAGUUAAUCUGAAACCUUACCCAGCUCGCUGGAAAGCUGGUUUUAAAUUGUAAAUAGGCCCCAGAGAAGCCGCUGGGUUGUGAAUACUGUAUUCUUGGCCCUAGUUUAUGUUAAGUCCUUUUUUUUUUUUUUUCAAU